GGAAAGGAGUUCUGUUUUGGAGUGAACAAUGAGCAAUACCGGUGUGAGAUGGGCUACUGCUGCGGGGAGACCGAGUGCUGCACUUACUACUAUGAGCUGUGGUGUAUGUUCAUUGUCCUCUAUUCUCUCCUCUCUUUUUCUGGCACCACUCAGUCCCUAUUUCCUCCCCCGUUCCCAUAUUUAUUUUCUGACGAUUUUUCCAUUACUUAUUCUUCAUGAUAGGAAUCUCUGAAUUUGUCACUUUGUUUAAUUGAGUCACUAAUUUGACAGUUAAUCAUGUUUUGGUGCUGAAAUCAAUAACGUUUAACCUAAUUAGCAUAGGUCAAAAGGAGUCGAUGGAGAAUGUAACUAUGUGAUUGUUUUGUGCAAGUGUAAUAGAUGUUAAUCCUACUCUCCUUGCUUUGUGUUUAGUUUAAUAAAUCACCCCAGCCAGUGGUCCCAGUUGAUCGUUAUUUAUUAUCUGUGAUUAAAUAGGAAACGGCAUGUUAGUUGUGAUGUUGAUGGCUGUCUGGUAAGAUCUGUAGCAUGAAAACAACUGUUAGCAGUGAGCUUAUGUGACCAUUACAUUGGUGCAUGCUAGCUAACACUCUUAUACAGCAAUCAUAUACCAAAGCACAUCCCAGGAAGCUCCUCAAUCCCUAACAGGUACCAUAUACCCACACAUGUAUAAAUCAGGAAUGUACAGCAAACUUGUACACAUUGUAAAAUAUAAAAAUAGAAUACAGUAUUCAGAACGUGACCUACCCUUUGCAUCACAUUUUCAUACUGGGGAGACCUAACGUUCUCAAUCUUCCCCUAUCUGCAAGCGGCGCCAAUAACAACACGCCUUAUUGUCAUCGGAAUUGAACCAACCAAUAAGAGUGCUUGAACAUUAAAUACACAUUUCUUUAGAGGCAAGUGGAAACAUAACCAACCCUGUUACACAGGGUUCUGGCUGGUGUGGACCCUCAUCAUAAUGCUGAGUUGCUGCUGUGCCUACCGUCACCGUCGGGUCAAGAUGCGGCUGCAGCAGGAACAGCGCCAGCGCGAAAUCAGCCUUAUGGCCUACCAGGGCGCUUCCAGCUCUUUCAUCUCCCCUCCACCCCUCAACUUGAGUGAGUCUUUUAGCUCCCACGGGACACUUAUUGCCCCCAUCUGCACUGGGCUGGAAGCCUCCAAACCCUACAGCCCUGAAAUUACUUCACCACCUGUCCCUCUGAGUUAACUGUUUACAAUAACUAGGCCUGGUGGUUGCAGAUGGUUCUUAGCAGAUUCAGAACCACAUCUGACAAUGAGUUAAUUAGUUAAACACCAGCUAACCCUAUCGAGACUGGUAAGAUGGCUGACUCCUGUGUUUUUUUUGUAUUUACUCCCAGGGUUCUGGACAGACUGCAAGCUUCCUGACUAUGAAGAGGUGGUGGGUCAUCCCCCGACUCCCCCUCCACCUUACUCCGAGAUCCCCCCAGGGACCACCCCUGCCAUCCUACUGCCCCCCAUCCAAUCAGAAGCUGCCGUGGUGCUGGAGCCCCCAAUAGAGGACAUUCCAAGAGAGGAGCAGGCCUCUAGUUCCUCAGCAGACCAGGAAUCUGCGUCUGCGCCCAGCCAAUCAGAACGACCGCUGGAGGAGGAGCUGAUGACCCGGCGCAGGCAUGUGACGGGCGACUCGGGGAUCGAGGUGUGUGUUUGCCAACUGGACGAGGGCUCUGGGCCGGAGGAGGACGAGGAGCGGGUGUGUCAGGGGGCCAGGGGGGACUGCUGCUCUGCCUCUGAGCACCACCACAACAUCAGACACAAAGAGAGAACCCCUGAGCCUCAGCCCAAGGGCCAGACCACCAGCACCGGAGACCGCCUG